AUGGCCAGAAGUCUGUCCGGAUUUCUGGCUCAGAUCGUCGCGGUGGCUUUGAUCUGCUGCUCAUUCGCCGCCGCUGCUUCAAUCUUCCAGCCCAUCUCCGACUCUCACCGAUCCGCCGCAGUGGAGAUCUUCGACCGAUCCUUUGGCAGCUUAGAAGAAACAUACGAGGCAUUGCGAACAUUUGACGUUCUUGGGGUGGAGAGAAAACCUGAUGUAGGAACUACAGCGUGCCAGUCUGUUUCGCAGACUCUGGCUUCAUCGUCCUCGAAUUUGAAAGAUGUAUUCUAUGCUUUGAAAGUCAAUGGAGUUUUGAAGUGCGAGCUAGAUGCGGAGAUUGUAGAGGGAAUUGUUUCCACACUUCAAACUGCUGUGGGCAGUGCCAGCUCGUUGCUCGAAUUCUAUCAUUCAAUUGGAGGCUUGGUACUUGUCAAGGAUCAAGCUUUGAAGGGUGAUCUUUUUCUUGCUGAUGCUGAAGGAGCAUUUCGUUCCAUCAAGGCUUUAAGUCAGAGUGAUGGAAGGUGGCAAUACAGUUCCAGUAAUCCUGAGUCUAGCACUCAUGCCGCAGGUUUAGCCCUUGAAGCACUAGCUGGAGUUAUCUCGUUAUCAUCUUCCGAGAUCGAUCAGUCCCUGAUUGGUACAACGAAAAAUGAUAUACUGAAGCUUUUUGAGCAAGCUGAGAAGUAUGAUGAUGGAACCGUCUAUUUUGAUGAGGAGAUUGAUGCUCAUGAGAGUCAAGGCCCUCUUACAUCUACUUGGUCUGUUGUCAGAGGUAUAACAUCAUUUGCAGCAGUGACUUCAGGAAACCUAAAUCUUCCAGGGGAAAAGGUACUGGGUUUGGCUAAAUUUUUCCUUGGGGUUGGGAUUCCUGGUGGUGCUAAAGAUUUUUUCAACCAAGUAGACUCCUUGGCUUGCUUGGAGAACAACAGGAUUGCUAUCCCAUUAAUUCUAUCACUUCCAGCUACUGUGAAUUCGUUGACAAGGAAAGACGCACUCAAGGUUAAGGUCAGUACUGUACUUGGUGCAGAUGCUCCUCCUCUGAUGGUGAAGCUUGUAAGAGCUAAGGAUACUCCUGCUAUUGAAAGCCAGGAGCUCAAGUUUGAUUCCGAGAGCAAGGUGCAUGUCUUGGAUACUUUGAAAAAGAGUGUUGAUGUGGGCAAGUACAUAUUUGUUUUCGAGAUUGUAUUUCAUGAUCCUGAGCACAAGAAGGUUUAUGCUGUGGAAAGUAAAGCUGAGGUUCCAAUUUUCUUAACUGGAGCUGUCAAAGUUGGAAAUGCAGAGAUUGCAGUCCUUGAUAGUGAUCUUGGGAGCACAGAAACUCAGAAGAAUCUGGAUUUUGCUGGAGAGAAUCUUGUGUCAUUGUCAGCAAAUCAUCUCCAGAAGUUGAGACUACGUUUUCAGUUGACCACUCCUCUUGGCCAUCCAUUCAAGCCACAUCAGGCAAUUUUGAAGCUGACACAUGGGAGCAAGGUGGAUCAUAUCUUUGUGGUUGGAAGCACCGGGAAGCAGUUUGAGAUCAUUCUGGAUUUUCUUGGACUCGUGGAGAAAUUUUACUAUCUAUCUGGUAAAUACGAAAUUCAACUCACAGUUGGAGAUGCUGUCAUGGAGAACUCCUUCUUUAAAGUUAUUGGACAUCUUGACCUUGAUCUACCGGAAGCACCUGAGAAGGCACCCCGACCCCCUGUGCAGCCUGUUGAUGCAUACUCAAGAUUUGGACCUAAAGCUGAGUUAGCCCAUAUAUUUAGAGCUCCAGAAAAGCGUCCUCCUCAAGAGCUCUCUCUGACUUUCUUGGGACUUACAGUUUUGCCUCUCUUGGGGUUCAUAAUUGGGCUUUUGCGCCUGGGAGUAAACCUGAAGAAUUUCCCUUCUGCUGCUGCACCUGCCUUAUUUGCUGCUCUUUUCCAUUUGGGCAUCGGAGCUGUUCUUUUGCUCUAUGUUUUAUUCUGGUUGAAGUUGGAUCUGUUCACAACGCUGAAAAUACUUGGGUUCUUGGGAGUGUUCCUGCUGUUUGUUGGACACAGAACACUUUCCCACCUAGCGUCAACAACAUCCAAGGUGAAAUCUGCGUGA